UGCAGGUUCUUUAUGGAUAAAACUUUUAGACUCUCCUAGCAGGUGCCCAAAGAGACUUAAUCUCAUGCUCCUUGUACUGGCUUUAGAUGAAAACGAUCCUUGCAGCUUGAAUCCCACGUUCAUCUAAUGUUAUGGGCUUGGAUUCAAGAUCAGAAGUAUCUCUACCAGGUUCUGCUACUACAAUGGAAAGAUCAGAUGCUCCCCAGAACAAGAUGACAGAAAAGGUGAAGAGUAUGUUAACAUGACAAGCCAAGGAAGUAACUCUACUGCUCUCACAGAACUCCUAAGAAUCAUCUUUCCCGUGUUAUAUCUUAUCAUAUUUGUGGCAAGUGUAAUGCUGAAUGGUCUUGCUGUCUGGAUUUUCUUCCACAUCAGGAACAAGACUAGCUUCAUUUUGUAUCUCAAGAAUAUAAUGGUUGCUGACCUGCUUAUGACAGUGUCCUUUCCAUUUAAAAUUGUACAUACCUCCGGGAUUGCUCCAUGGCAUUUCAAUGUCUACCUCUGCCGCUAUACCAGCAUCUUGUUCUACACAAGCAUGUACAUUAGCAUUCUCUUCCUCGGGCUUAUUAGUAUCGACAGAUACCUAAAAGUGGUGAAACCAUUUGGUAGCUCAAAAAUGUACAGUAUCAAAUUUACCAAGAUUGUGUCUAUAUGUGUUUGGACGGCUAUGUUCUUGUUUGCCUUGCCAAAUGUUAUCCUUACAAAUGUGCAACCAACCAGAGACAAUGUCAGUGACUGCAAAAAACUCAAGAGUCCAGUUGGAGCCAAAUGGCAUGAAGCAACUACUUAUAUUACUAUGUUCAUGUUCUUUACUGUGAUGGUAGUGUUAAUUGUAUGCUACAUUUCAAUAUCACGCCACAUCCAAAAGUCCAGUAAGCCUUUUAUCAGUUGUUCAAGCCGAAAACGAAGACACAAUCAGAGCAUACGUGUUGUUGUAGCAGUGUUUUUUGUAUGUUUCUUGCCCUAUCACCUUUGUGCGCUGCCCUUCCUCUUCAGCCAGCUGGAUACAGUUCUGAAUAAGGAUGUGUAUAAGAUCAUGGGAUACUGCAAGGAAGCCACUCUAUUUCUUUCUGCCUGCAAUGUGUGUCUGGACCCUAUCAUCUAUUUCUUCAUGUGCAGAUCCUUCUCUCAGAGGCUGUUCAACAGAUCAAGCAUUCGAUCAAGGAGUGAGAGCAUAAAAUCCCUACAGAGUGUGCGGAAAUCAGAAGUAAGGAUAUACUGUGAAUAUACAGAGGUGUGACAAUAUAUCAGCUGGACUACUGGGGUGUAAUAUGUAGAUAUUUUAUAAA